AUGAAGCUCAAGGGCAAGGAGCCUGUUGUGCAUGUCAACACUGAUCUUGAUGCCGACUCUGGUGCUGAAGGUGAUGUUGACAUGGAUGUGAACCCUGAUGCCAAUGUGAAUGAAAAGAAUGAUGACAACGCUGAGAUAGAUAUGCUGCCUCACUGCCAUGUCCCUCAUUAUGCAGCAUUAACUACAUGUUUAUUGCGCAUAUGGUUCAACUACGUUGUCCAGACAGUGUUCAAGAACAUGGAGAGGUCUUUAUAUCUGAUCAACCCUUAUUCCGACACCGCGCACCAUGUUAAGCUAUGCUUUUUGCAGAAAAUGCUAGAGCUUGGUGCCAAUGAUGCAGACGAGCCUGAGUUUGUGGCGAAGAUCAAGUCUGAUCAUGACUGGGUCUGUCCGGUCCUUUCGUUGAUGGACACUCACAUGAGCCAGCUGUGGAGCUAUUUCAAAGAAGCUGCAGCUGCAAAGGUUAAUGCACACUUCAGGCUUAAGAACCUUGACAAGGAUGCGUGUGCUGCUUGUGUCAAGGAUCUAAUGCAGGGCAAACGGUUUAUAUAUCCUGGGGAUAUUUCACGCCGCAUCGAUGCAAAUAAACCGUUUCUUCAUCCUACCAUUGCUGAUGUCUUGAGUACAGUCAUGUUCCAGACUCGUUGCAAUUUCCUCAUUGCAGCUGGCCCACUGUUCUUUGAGGAUAUGUACAAAGGCAAACCUGUGCGCAUGAUGCCUGUGCAGCUUCUUGCCAUGGCUGCCACUGCAGUUUAUUCCGCACUUGAGAAUAUUUGUCGGCCUCGGCGGAAACCUCUUGAGUUUUCCCAGAAGAACUAUAGCAGGAUACAUGGUGCUCUUUGGAAGAUUAUCACUAAUAUUGAGGCAAGGAAAUCAGGAGUAUUGGCACUUAUCUUGAAACAGGUUUAUGAUGCUGCAAGGAAUGGUGAGAUGUAUGUAUAUGAUGAAGAUGAAGAUGAUGACAUUCAGUAUUUGGACAUUGAUGGUAUGGAGGUGCUGUAA